AUGUCAACAACUUCUACGCAACAAGUUCGUCCAGUGAUUGAAUGUUUUUGUCAGAUAAUAUCUUUACAUGGAUUUACAUCGAUUACACCAGAAAUAUUUCGUCUUGCAAAAUUUAAUCGAAAUGAAGCAACGAUUCCAUUAUGGCGUUUAAUAUUUGAAAUAAUUCACUAUGAUCCAACAAGAAAUAGUCAACAAGAAAGCAUUAAUAAAUUUGAUCAAACAUCAAAAGAUGUAUUGGUCGAAAUGAUAAAAAGUAAUCUAUUUACAUGUGGUUAUACUUAUGAAUAUUUUUUAACGCUUGAUAAUAAAAUGGAACAAGGUAGUCAACAAUUAUUGAUUUGUCUCGGUUGGCUUAUUUAUCAAAGUAAAUUAAUUGAGAAAAGCAUGGAAAAAUGCUUAAAUUCAGAUUCUAUAAUUGAUUACGAUGAUACAAGUUCACUUUAUCAAAGCAAUAAAAUUGAACGUACAAAAUCUUCUCCAUUGGAAAAAGAUCUUGUUGGGCAAGUUAAACAAGCCAUGCGCGUGAAUUCUAAAUUACGUUUCAGUUUACGUCGUCUUCAUGGGCUCGUUAUUGAAAAUACUAAUUUACAACAUCAAAUACAUGGAUUUCAUAAUAUGUCAUCAUUUGAAGCACAUCUAUGUCAACAUCCUCAUCUUUUAUCACAUUAUAUGAUUGAACUUGAGAAUGAAAAUCGUAAAUUAAAUUUAUUUCUAUUCUGGAAUGAACAUCAAGAUGUAUUUUGGAAAUGGAUGGAGAGUGUACUCGAUCAAGAAACAACAGUAGAAGAAGGUGAAGAGGAAAUUGAUGAUAAAUAUGAACCAUUGCGCCAAGUUGAUCGUCAACGAUUAGAAGCUGAAAAACAAAAAUUCAAUGCAGCUAUUGAUACUCUUGAUGGUGCACUUGUACGACUCGAACAAUUAUGGAUAUCAAAUAAUAAUCAUGCAUCCAUUGAACGCGAUGUAUCAUCUGUAGUCUCGUCGAUUGAUAGUCAAGUAUCAUCACUAUUCAAUCAAUUACUUUCGACAAAUCCUUCAUUAUCAAAACAUUCUAAUGUUGAUCUCUCUCUUUUUCUUCAUCAACCGCAACGUCUUGUUUAUAGUAAAAAACCUGAUUCUAAUGAUAAUAGUAAUUCUAUCAAACCAACCGAUUUUGAACAUGAAACAACACGCAUGAACAAAUUACAAGCAAACAUUGAUCAACAUGUUGAUAAGCAAAGAAAAAUACUCGAUACACUAUCGCAAAAAUUUGAAAAUGUUAUGAUAGUCUAA